AUGACGAUAAUGGUGAUUAGCGGCGGCAUAAUUUUGACCCGUACUUGUUGCUUGGGGCUGCAACCUCCGAGUUUUGCAUUGCGCCGGAGUUUCUGCAGAGCCACGGCUUGCUCUGUUUCUCUGAACCGAACCAAGUUCAAUUUCGACAAGGAGAAAGUGAUUGUGAUUUCCGGUCCCACGGGCGCUGGAAAAAGCAGACUUGCGUUGGAGCUCGCCAAGCGUCUCAAUGGCGAAAUCAUCAGUGCUGACUCCGUUCAGGUGUACAGAGGCCUUGAUGUUGGAUCAGCCAAGCCAUCAGAAGACGAUAGAAAGGAAGUGCCCCAUCAUCUUAUCGACAUUUUGCAUCCGGCUCAAGACUACUCCGUGGGGCAAUUUUACGACGAGGGAAGGCAAGCUACUAAAGACAUUCUUAGUAGAGGGCGUGUUCCCAUAGUCACGGGUGGCACUGGCUUGUACCUGCGAUGGUUUAUCUAUGGGAAGCCGGAUGUGCCGAAACCUUCUCCGGAAGUCAUCUCCGAGGUCCACGAAAUGCUGGUUGAUUUUCAGACCGAACAUAACUGGGAUGCAGCUGUUGAGUUGGUGGUCAAUGCUGGUGAUGAAAGAGCCUCUUCUUUACCUCGUAACGAUUGGUACAGGCUACGGCGUAGCCUAGAGAUACUCAAGUCAACUGGAUCUCCUCCGUCUUCCUUUCGCGUCCCAUAUGAUACUUUCCGGGAAAAUUUGAAUUCUCCUGAAGCCAACGACUUCGAUGGGGAUGGUUCAUCUACUGAUUUUUCUCUCUUAAACAUACAGACAGAUUUGGACUAUGAUUUCCUUUGUUUUUUCCUGUCAAGCCCACGUGUUGAUCUCUACAGAGCUAUUGAUUUCAGAUGUGAAGAUAUGCUUUCAGGUGCCAAUGGAGUAUUGUCAGAAGCUAGAUGGCUUCUUGAUCUUGGUCUUCUUCCAAACACAAACUCUGCAACUCGUGCCAUUGGUUACAGACAGGCCAUGGAAUAUCUAUUGAAAUGUCGUCGACAAGGAGGUGUAAGCUCCCCUGGAGAGUUUUAUGGUUUUUUGAACAAAUUUCAGCAAAAUUCCAGAAACUUUGCAAAAAGGCAAAUGACAUGGUUUCGGUAUGAGCCUAUGUACCACUGGCUUAAUGCUUCUAAACCUCUGGAUACGAUACUUGAAUUCAUUUACGAUGCUUAUGAGAGCGAAGCAGAGACGCUUGUGGUGCCGGAUGCUCUCAUAAUGAAGAAAGACGUUAGAAAUUCUCGAGACACUAGUGCACUAAAGUCAUACCGCCCCAGAAAUAGGCAUUUCGUGAGACGAGAGGACUGUUCUUCGGUGUUAGAGUGGAUCAGAAAUGAAGGAUGUAAGAGUGAAGUUUCGUGCGUGGAAGGAGCAUCAAUGUAA